CGCAAGAAACCUUCAUUUAUUAGUUUCCCAAAACCAGAUUUCCUGGAAGAUAUCGACGUACUGCGUGACCCUUUUUCAACGCGUGGCGCGCAUGCAACAGUGCGCGCGCGGUGCGGGGCUGAAGAAGCGGACUUGCGGGGGGGAAGAUGCGCGGCUAUAACGAGCUGGAGGAGUGAAUCCAUCGGAGGACGAGUCUCUACUACGUCGCCGCAACGCGUAGCGCCGGUUCAUCCAUCGGGACUGUCGGGGACAUCGUGAGGCUUUUUGGGGAGAUUGCACCCAAAAAAAGAAGAGAUUUUGUAUUUAUCUUUUUUUUUUUUUUUUUUUGCGCUGAUCAAGCGGAUGACGCGCAAUUCCAGCCACGAACGCGCAUCGAGAGGCGCACAACUGCGAUCCUGAUUUCAGAGGAAUUUUUGUGUAAUCACCGUGCGAGGAGACGCGCUGUCGACUCCAACUUUUACGUCGUUGCUCAGAGAAGCCAGAUGAGAAGGCGGAGGAGCGGAAGGUGGUUGACUUAACAUGGCUGAGCCACUGGGGCAUCAGGGGCCGCCGGCCGGAGAGCCCCGGAGCGCCUGAAUUGCAGUCGAGUGGACUGUUUUGUUGGAAGUGGGGGGCUGGCAGGUGACCAGGGGCCGAGAAUGUCGAAGAGAUUCAACCCGGAUCCUUCCGUCCACAUAUCCAAGAUGAGUGUCAUCAUCCCGUUUUCCUCAGAUGUGCCAUGUGACAGCAACGGCCAGCGCAUGUGGUGGGCUUUCCUCGCCUCCUCCAUGGUCACUUUCUUUGGGGGUCUCUUCAUCAUCCUCCUGUGGAGAACUCUUAAAUAUCUGUGGACUGUGUGCUGCCACUGGAACGCCAAGAAGGAGGUCCAUCGGCUCACCACAGGCAAUGGCAUCAAGCGCAUCAACAAGAACGACCUGCCGGCCAGCGAGGUGGGCUGGAUGACCUCGGUCAAAGACUGGGCCGGAGUCAUGAUCUCCGCUCAGACACUGACGGGAAGAGUCCUGGUGGUGCUCGUAUUUGCUCUCAGCAUUGGAGCCCUUGUUAUAUACUUCAUAGAUUCUUCUGAUCCAAUCGAGUCCUGUCAGAACUUCUAUGAAGACUUCACGUUGCAGAUCGACAUGGCGUUCAACGUGUUCUUCUUGCUGUACUUUGGCCUCCGUUUCAUUGCUGCCAAUGACAAGCUGUGGUUCUGGUUGGAGGUGAACUCGGUGGUCGACUUCUUCACGGUUCCUCCAGUGUUUGUGUCCGUGUACCUGAACAGGAGCUGGCUCGGCUUGAGGUUUUUAAGGGCGUUAAGGUUGAUUCAGUUCUCAGAAAUUUUACAGUUUUUGAAUAUACUAAAGACAAGCAACUCAAUAAAGCUGGUGAACCUAUGUUCAAUCUUCAUAAGCACAUGGCUAACUGCAGCAGGAUUCAUUCAUUUGGUGGAGAAUUCUGGGGAUCCUUGGGAAAACUUCAAAAAUUCCCAGUCACUUUCCUACUGGGAAUGUGUCUACUUACUCAUGGUCACGAUGUCCACUGUUGGCUACGGAGACGUUUAUGCAAAAACCACCCUGGGCCGCCUGUUUAUGGUCUUCUUCAUCCUCGGUGGUUUGGCCAUGUUUGCGAGCUACGUCCCUGAAAUCAUAGAGUUAAUAGGAAACCGCAAGAAAUAUGGUGGUUCCUAUAGUGCGGUUAAUGGGAGAAAGCACAUCGUGGUCUGUGGUCAUAUAACACUUGAGAGUGUGUCCAACUUUCUAAAAGACUUCCUACACAAAGACAGGGAUGAUGUCAAUGUAGAAAUUGUUUUUCUCCAUAAUAUCUCACCGAAUCUUGAGCUGGAAGCCUUGUUCAAGCGCCACUUCACUCAAGUGGAGUUUUACCAAGGAUCCGUACUGAACCCACACGACCUGGCCAGAGUGAAGAUCGAAUCAGCUGAUGCUUGUUUGAUCUUAGCCAACAAAUACUGCGCUGACCCUGAUGCUGAGGAUGCGUCCAACAUCAUGAGAGUAAUAUCUAUCAAGAACUACCAUCCGAAGAUCAGAAUUAUCACUCAAAUGUUGCAGUACCACAAUAAGGCCCACCUUCUGAACAUCCCGAGCUGGAACUGGAAGGAGGGAGAUGACGCUAUUUGCCUUGCGGAGCUUAAGCUGGGCUUCAUCGCUCAGAGCUGCCUGGCUCAGGGCCUCUCCACCAUGCUGGCCAACCUUUUUUCUAUGAGGUCCUUCAUCAAGAUCGAGGAGGACACAUGGCAGAAGUAUUACCUCGAAGGAGUGGCCAAUGAGAUGUAUACCGAGUACCUAUCGAGUGCCUUUGUGGGCAUGUCCUUCCCGGUCAUUUGCGAACUCUGCUACGUGAAGCUAAAGCUGCUCCUGAUCGCUAUAGAGUAUAAGUCGGAUCAAAGGGAAUGCAGCACCCUGAUAAACCCUGGAAACCACAUGAAGAUGCAGGAGGGGACAUUGGGCUUCUUCAUUGCAAGUGAUGCCAAAGAAGUGAAGAGGGCGCUGUUUUACUGUAAAGCCUGCCACGAUGACAUUACUGAUCCCAAAAGGAUUAAGAAAUGUGGAUGCAAGAAAUCCAAGAGGCUCGCCUACAAGAAAAUAAGACUGGCAUGUUGUUUUGAUUGCGGCCGCUCAGAGCGGGACUGCUCUUGCAUGCCAGUUAAUGUGCGUUGUAACAUGGACUCCCCCCAACGCGACAUCCCACUCUCUGCUGUCUCUGUUAAUGAUUGCUCAGCCACUUUACGUGCCUCUAAAAAUAGCUAUAAUGGAUAUAUCAAAUCAAUUGAAGAGGACCGACAGUCUGCGUUAUCGCCCAAAAAAAAGCAACGCAACGGAGGCAUGAAAGAUUCUCCAAACUCCUCACCCAAGAUCAUGAGACAUGACCCGCUCCUCAUCCCGGGAAACGAACAGAUUGAGAGCAUGGACGAGAACGUAAAGAAAUACGACUCCACGGGGAUGUUUCACUGGUGCCCGUCCAAAGACAUCGAGAAGGUCAUCUUGACCCGGAGCGAGGCCGCCAUGACUGUUCUGAGCGGUCACGUGGUCGUGUGCAUAUUUGGAGAUGUGAAAUCUGCGUUGAUCGGUCUUCGGAACUUUGUCAUGCCUCUGCGAGCGAGCAACUUUCACUUCCAUGAGCUGAAGCACAUUGUGUUUGUCGGCUCACUCGAGUAUCUGAAACGGGAGUGGGAGACGCUUCACAAUUUUCCAAAGGUCUCCAUUUUACCUGGCACACCGUUGAGUCGAGCAGAUCUGAGGGCUGUCAACAUCAACCUCUGCGACAUGUGUGUCAUUCUGUCAGCCAAUCAGAACAAUAUUGACGAUGCAUCACUUCAGGACAAAGAAUGCAUCUUGGCGUCACUCAACAUCAAAUCCAUGCUGUUUGACGACAGCAUCGGGGUCUUGCAGGCUAAUUCCCAAGGCUUCACACCACCAGGAAUGGAUCGAUCCUCUCCUGAAAACAGCCCCGUGCAUGGAUUAGUGAGGCAGACUUCUGUCACAACUGGAGCAAAUAUUCCCAUCAUAACAGAACUAGCAAAGACAGGCAAAAAACUGCCUGUGAUUUCAUUCAGUCAGGAUAAAAGCAGUGGGACCGGCAUACAAAUCAUAACUGAGCUUGUAAAUGACUCCAAUGUUCAGUUCCUGGACCAAGAUGACGACGAUGACCCUGACACAGAGUUGUACCUCACUCAGCCGUUUGCCUGUGGAACAGCCUUCGCCGUCAGUGUGCUGGAUUCCUUAAUGAGUGCUACAUACUUCAAUGAUAAUAUCCUCACCUUGAUCCGGACGUUGGUAACAGGCGGGGCGACGCCGGAGCUGGAGGGGCUGCUGGCCGAGGAGAACGCGUUGCGGGGCGGCUACAGCACGCCGCAGACGCUGGCCAACAGGGACAGGUGUCGCGUGGCACAGCUGGCCCUGUACGACGGGCCCUUCGCCGACCUCGGGGAUGGCGGUUGCUAUGGUGACCUGUUUUGUAAAGCCCUGAAAACAUACAACAUGUUGUGCUUUGGCAUCUAUCGGUUACGCGACGCACAUCUAAGCAGCCAAAGCCAAUGUACCAAGCGGUAUGUCAUAACCAAUCCACCGUAUGCGUUUGAGCUGGUGCCCUCAGACCUGAUAUUCUGCCUGAUGCAGUUUGACCACAACGCCGGCCAGUCUCGAACCAGUCUGUCGCACUCUUCCCAUUCGUCCCAUUCCUCCAGCAAAAAGGGCUCUUCUGUCCACUCCAUCCCAACCACCAACCGCACCAACCGGGUCCGAAACAGAGACAAACAAAAUGCAACAAGGAUGAAUAGAGUGGGCCAAGAAAAGAGGUUUACAGAUGAGUCAGAGAAUAUCCACCUGAGGACCACACAGAUCAAGCCUGUGAAUACGCUCACCAUCAACCAAGUCAGUCAUUAUAAAUCCUCAAGCAGCUUGACUCCACCCAUCAAAGAAGUAGAAGACGAGUGCUGAGCUCCUGACACGCUUGGACCCCCGAGAAGACUCUUUGUGUCGUCUCGGACUGGGAUUCACGUCUGCAAACACAAAUCAUUAAUUGGUAUUAGAUGAGAUGAACACAACCUGCUUUCCUCGUUCACCUCUGCAGCAACUAGAUUCAGAAUCAUUCACAAAAUAUAGAUGAAGACAAUCAUAGUCAAAAAUCGCUCUCAACUUUUACUUUGCACAGCUAAUAUUGUGGGGGCCAGACUCCAUGACCUUUCUGUUCCAUUUCGGGGAAUGGAGGUCAUUGGAAGAAGAACAGCAAUGUCAAAAAAAAAGAGGUGAUUAUAAUAACUGGAUCAAGGUUUGCAAUGGUAAAAGUAGCCUUUUAAACUGUUGAUGAACAACUACGACUCCUGCAUUGACUUUACCAAGUGUUGCAGUUAUUCUGUACAGUAUGUUAAAAAGUGUAUUUUACAUCCAGCUGCAAUCCCACCACAAUGGCAUUGUUAGUGAGUGAGGCCCAAUCCCAAUGUCUGGAAUCACGAACUUUGAGAUGCGUUCUCGCAGCGUCUUUAAGGGCUUUGGCUGUCCCACUGUCAGAUAGUUGGGCUCUUCAGGGCUCUUGUAGAAAUGUUUCUCCCUUUAUGCACACUUUGCCUGAGUGUAGCGUCGUUACGUUAAACACUGUUACCAGAGGAAGCCUGGAGAACUAUAAAAAAAGGAUGGCACAGCCUACAGAUUUGGGAUUGUACAUUUAAAACGUUUAAAAUCAUAUUCAUUCACGCAUAUGCUUUAUUAAACAGCCGGUUUAUUUACCAAACAUUUCUUCUAAUUGUGGUUAUCGAAGCUGUUUUGACCAAUGAGUAAAUCGAUUAUCUGCCAGUGACUUCUUGUCUUUGAAGUCAAAACCCUGGAAGACGUUCAAGUCAGGCGGUAAAAUAAUAUAUAAAAAACCACAAUUGUACAUAAAAUGUUUUGGUGUCAUCACGGUCAUGUGAUGUCACCGCAAAGAGCCGAGCCAUUUGUAUUUACGCCAUUUCAAUCAAGUUGCAGCCUCUCACACAUCGGGAUUGGGCCUGACUCAGUGAUUCCUUUGCCAUUUGGAGCUAAUUCACAACAUUUGUGACCGUUAAGAUGGCCAGCGUCCAUGUGUAAAUGGCAUUUGGCUCCAGCCUUAUCUCUAUCCAUUUAUAUUUGUCUUAUCUUUGCCUUUUUGAGUCGUUUGUUAGAACUGUUUUCAUUUUGUUGUUUGGUUACAAUGUCCAAAACCCCAGAAAUGAUAUCGAGUAAAGCUUUUAAGUACCUGCAAGGUUUCUCCAGGGGUAAAAGAUAGAUAGAUAGAUAGACAGAUAGAUAGAUGGAUACUUUAUUAAUCCCGAGGGAAAUUUAGGUCAUCCAGUAGCUUAUACACUUAACUUAACUCACAAACAUACACAAAUCACAGUAGAAUCACAGUAGAAAAACAAUACACAUAGGGAGAACAUGUUCACAGGGAGUAGGGUGUAUACAGAUAUUAUACAGAUAUUACAGUGUGCAAAGUGAUUUAAAUAGUACAGUCUGAGCAAUGGGCUAGUAUAGCCAUUAAAAAGAGUAAAAAAGAUGGACAGUGGGAUGGAAAAAUAAAGAGUUGAGAAGAGGAGGGGAGACCGAGGUAGACUCAUGCAGAGAAGUCCAUCUCCCUCCCCUUCUGUGUGGCGUUGUAAAGUUGUAUUGCCCUGGGGACAAAGGACUUCCUCAGCCUGUCCGAUGAGCAUGACAGUGACAUGAGUCUGCCACUGAAGAUGCUCCUCUGUCCGUUAAGAGUACUGUGUAGUGGGUGGUGGUCAUUAUCCAAGAUGGUCAGCAGCCGACUCAAUGUCCUUUUCUCCGCCACUGAUGUUAGGCAGUCCAGUUCCAUGCCAACAGCUCCUGCCCUUCUCACCAGCCUGUCUAGUCGACCUGCAUCCCUCUUCUUCACGCUGCCUCCCCAGCACACCACAGCAUAAAAAAGGACGCUGGCAACAACAGACUGGUAAAACAUGCGCAGGAGUUUGUUGCAGACAUUGAAAGACCUCCGCCUCCUCAGGAAGUAGAGCUGGCUCUGACCCUUCUUAUAGAUGGCAUCUAUGUUGGCUGACCAGUCCAGUUUACUGUCCAGAUGAACUCCUAAGUACUUGUAGGUGUUGACCACCUCCACACUGACAAAAUGUUAGCAAUAUUCUUUUUUCUCCUCUUUUUAUUAUUAUUAUUUUUUUACAAUAGCCAAAUAUGAUAGAGCUGUUUUGUUGUCGACAAAAGAAUAUAACCAAAAAUCUCACACAGUUUAUGAUAGUGACAGAGAUUUUCACUUAAGAUACCAUAGAGAGCAAAUCUACACUAUGGUUGAGCUUGGCAUCAUAUGAUAAGUCUGUAGAUGUGUUGAAUGAGAAAGCCUCAUAUCGCAUGAAGUGGGCAUCUUUAAUUCCUCUGUUGGCUGUAAGCACUGCCUGACAGGAUUAUCUUGGAGGCCAUUAAGCGCCCGUUUGUCCUCCAUGACCAAUCUUGAUGCCAUAAUCGCACAUGAAAAACAGCUCUAUCAUAACAUGUUAUUUGGGCUUUUUAUAUGUUCUAAAAGACUAUUCUGUUGGUAAACCAUCUUGGUAAUCCAUUAGGUAUCCGAUAUAUUCCUAAAACGAACGCAUCUGUCAUGUUGUCAUCAAAACAAUCCAGAGUUUUCCCUGUCCUUCUGUCUCCUGUGUGUUUACCCUGUCCAGGGCUCACCAAGAAGGUGUGGCUGUCUCCUCCCUCCCCUGGGCGGUGAUUGCCGGAGCAGCUGGGACUGAUGACGCUGCCUACUUAACCUGCACUCGUACCCCUUGAUGUUGUUGGAUCGUUAGUUUCUCUC